AUGCGGGAUGUCCGUUUCCUGGCCGUCGGGAGGAAGGCGAUAACAGAGGAGCUGUCAGGGAGACAAUGGAGGGCGAGUGCCGCAGGAAUGAUCGUGGAUGGGGAACAACAAGCAAUGCGAUGUGGCAGGGAGGCAAAAUGGCCAAAAGGACAGAUGAUACAGUGGGGCCCGAAGGAACGUCGAUCAACAAAGAUCGAUAGAACGAGAGAUUGGAAGACGAAGAAGGAUUGGGAAUCCGGUCGAUUCGCAAGCUCCUGCCAUGUGCUGUACAACGUUCCAAUGUUCCUGGAUGGCACGGUGCCUGGUAGCAUCGGCCGGCAAGCAGCAAGCAGCAAGCAGCAGCAGGAACACACAAUUGUGAUGGGUAAAAAACGGAGGUCUCUCCGUGGCUGUUAA